AUGGCCGCCGUCGACUGCAUGUCCAUGGCCCCCUCGAUGGCCUCGUGCCAUCACCCCCACCAUCCCUUCAAUAACCCCAACCGCCGCCUGAGCUACUCCAGCUACUCUAGCUUUGGCAGCAACAACCCCUACGCCCGAUACAUGUCCCCCUCCCCGUCGCGGCACCGUCGGAUCCGCUCGGAUUCGGUGCCCUCGAGUUUGUAUUCCGGCACUCCCGAGGACCACCGCGACUGCUCCAUCCCCCGGCGCCGCGCGAGUGCCCGCCAGCCGCGGUACUCGCGGCACUCGCAGCUGGUGCAGCCGGAUAUCAUCGACGAACUGGAUAACGUGAGCCUCUACUCGUAUCACCACGAAGGCCCGUAUGAUGCCGUACGCCCAGAACGGAACUGGGACAUCGCCUCUAGUCCCCUGGAAGCCGUCAAGGAGUCCAACGCCGAGGCGCUGAAGGCGACCCCCCACCACAAGAUCGUCGACAGCAUCAACAGCCACCGACCACUGGACGGCACGGCGUUCUACCCACCCGGCACGACGGAUCGCAACGGCCAGACUUAUGAGUACGAAGAAGGGGCCAACAUGAUGAACGACCUGAGCAACUUCUUUCGCAUCCCGGGCCUGCGUUUCACCGACAAGGACUUUGAGAAGGAUCCCUUCUAUACCCGGCCCCUCUCGAAUCCGUUUACGCAGCUGCGCAAGAAGUUGAGUCUUCGACGCAAGCGACGCAGUAAUACCGCUUGA